UGAAUUUCAAAACAAAGCCCUGAAGCUCAGUGGUUACAUACCUGAGUCCUGGGUAAGCAUGUAUACAUAUAAGCCUCGUCCUGCACAAUGCCAACAUUAGACCGCUAGUCUUCAACACACCUUAAAUCCCUUGCUAGACUAUCGAGGUUGAUAUUUAGCCUCAAAAAAUACCAAGACAAUAAAAUAAAAUCUCCAAAGUUAAGACCCGAAAAGAUGCCUCCACAGCUCAUUCUUGGCACCGCCGGCUUCGGCAUGGACAACUCCGAGUUCCAAGAUGCCGAGUCCGUUAGGGCCGCACUCACAACCGUCAAGGGACUUGGUAUCCACCGUCUAGACUCGGGUGCGCGGUACCCACCGCUCAACCCCGGGCGGUCGGAGGAGUUGAUCGGGGAGGUUGUGGACCUCAGCAAGGAUUUUGCGGUCGACACCAAGGUGUACACCGAUACGCGAAAAGACAGUAGCGGGGACUUAACCCGCGAAAAUAUACAGAAAUCGGUUGAGGGGAGUCUAGGGAGGUUAAAAAGACCCAAAGGCGAGGGCAUCAACGUGCUCCAUAUACACCGAGCAGACCCGACGACACCCCUCGAGGAACAGAUACAAGCUUUCAACGAGCAAAUCGAUUUAGGGCAUUGUAAGGCUUGGGGCGUCUCCAACGUCCCUAUCCCCACCCUCGAGCGCAUCGUCGCCCUCUGCGACGAGCACGGAUGGCGCAAGCCUGCGUGCUAUCAAGCCGAAUACAGCAUCGUAUCGCGAGGCGUCGAAACCAAACUCUUACCUCUCCUCCGCGCGCACGGCAUCCGACUCAACGCCUUCCGAUUCAUCGCCUCGGGGCUUUUAACCGGGAAUCUAAGCAACGACCGGACCGAGGGCACCCGGUUCGACCCCGCGAACCCGCUGGGUGGGGCGAUGCGGCGCGUGUUCGGGGCCCCUGAUCUGGUUGCUGCGGUGAAGCGGUUCGAUGGGGAGACGAGAAAGAACGGGGCUGAGCCGCUUGAGGUCGCGGUGCGGUGGAUCGUGCACCAUUCGCAGCUAGGUGAGGAGGAUGGUGUGUUGUUGGGCGCGAGCAAGACGAAACAAAUCGUGCAGACGGUGGAGUUGGCGAAGAAAGGGCCGUUGUCUGAGGAGUUGUUGAAGAUAGUGGAUGAGUUGUGGGAUGCGGUUAAGGAGACUAGGGGUGAUAUCAUUUAAACCGGUUUGGUGAAUGAUAUACACACAUAUCCCUAGGGCUGUUCAUCAGUACCUGUCUAGAUAGACUAGAUAGAGGUCUAGGA